AUGUUUGUAUUUUUAGAGCAGCGCUUCCGACAGAUGUUGGCCUUUACAAUAUUAUUUGGAAUAUUAUUUACAUACGUCAUGAUAAGAUCAAAGAUCGAGAAAGAGAAAUAUGAGUUUCCUAAACACCUUCACAAAUAUAGAGCCCGGCAUAAACUCAAGAAAGAAACUGUUCCUAUCGAUAUUGAAAAACUUAAAUUUAAAUUGGAACAGUCAAAUUUAAGACCAAAUAUUAGUAACUUGAAUAAAUUCAAAACAACAGUGUCAAACUCUCCAAUCUUCCUCAUCCAGGUACACAAAGAUAUCCACAAGCUCCAAUAUCUUAUUAUGUCACUCUCGCAGGUAAAUGGAAUAGCGUCCAGCAUGCUCAUAUUCUCUCACAGCUUUUACAGUGAAUCAAUCAACCAACUUGUUCUAAGUAUCGAUUUCUGUCAAGUUGUACAAAUAUUUUAUCCUCAUUCCCUUCAACUCAAUCCUUCUAAAUUCCCUGGCGUGGACCCCGACGACUGCUCCGAGAAAGAAAAGAAACGAAACCCAAACUGCCAGGUACGAAAUGCAAAAUUGACUGAACACAAGCAGCACUGGUGGUGGAAAGCUAACUACGUGUUCGAACGUAUGGCUUGGCUACAUUUAUAUAAAUCACCCAUAAUUUUCCUGGAAGAGCACAGUUACGUUGCUCCAAGUUUGCUUCUGAUAUAUCAAUAUGCAGUGAAGGCGUUCAGCUAUUACCCUCACACUGAAAUCCUUUCUUUCGGAAGACCGUUGAUGAGAAAUGUUGAUAUGGAUCUGUUGACUAUAGAGCCUUGGCGACCGCCGUUCGAUGUAGGCUUGGCUUUUAAUAAGACGACGUGGAGAAGAAUGGUCUCGUACUCAGCUCAGUACUGUAUGUAUGAUGACAGCAGCUGGAGUUAUUCUUUGUUGAACUUGUUCCGAAUGUUCCCCAAGAGUCACGUGAGCAUGGUGGGGUGUGUGACGCCUAGAGUGUUAAGUACUCGACACUUUAAAAACAUUGAAGAAAGUUUUAAAAGAUACACCAAAAUGUUUGAUACUUUAGACGUCUACCCUAAGAAAGUCAAAACUGUGUUUCUCUUCGGUACUGACGGGAUUGUUGAAAAUGUAUACAAGGAACCUCCUUCUGGUAACGGCGGCUGGAGUGAUUUGAGAGAUCAAGUAUUAUGUCUGGACCCGCUCGUGAGCACGACCACUGUGGAACCACGAUACUAUGACAAGUAA